GCGAAAGUUGCAAGGUAAGGGAAUACAAUCCGUCUCUUUUUUAAUUCAACCAGGCUCAUUGUUGAUAAUUCAAUUUAUCGGAGGGAAAACAAAGUAUUCGUCGCGUUUCAAAAUGUUUAUAUUUCGAUUAUGAUAUGGUCGGAAAAAUGAAACAUUGCCAUUAUAAGGCUUUUGAUUUGAAUUGAGUGUAUAUGAUUGCCACUGCGGUUUGUUAGUUCAUUUUUUUUCAUUGGUGUUUUUUUUUCUUCAUAUAUAUUGUAUAAAUUUGCUGUGUCUGCAUUUGUGUGAUCGCACAGUCGAUUUGGCAUUUGGAAAUAUGCAGCCUAAAUGUUCUGGUGUUAGUGCAUGUCAAAUAAUUGUUUGUGUAUUUGCAAAUACAAUACAAAAAAAUCAAGAAGAAGAAGAAGAAAAGAAAUAUCAAAAGGAGGCUGAAACAAAACAAAUAAGCUGCGAGAAAUUGGUGGCAAAUUUGCACAAUUGACAUAAUUACAUUCAAUUGUAUUCGUUUAUCUGGUGUGUGUGUGUGAGAGAGAGAGAGAGAGAGAGAGAGAGAGAGAGCUGUCAACACUUUUCUGUUUACGUGCACAUGUCAAACACCAAGCACAUCGAUUCAACCAAAUUGUUGGUGCAAUUAUUGAAAUUCGGCGAACCCAAAAACUGGUCAAUUGAGAAGCAAUUUUCACGAUUCAAUCAACAAUUCAAUUUGGAAACGAUUUCGACGGCGACAAAUUACAUUCAAAGUAGUUUUUUUUUCAAUAGUUCCGUCACAUUUGUUUCCACCGCUUGUGUGUUCCCAAGUCAAACGAUACAACAAUACAUGCACACUGACAUUUAAAUGGUUCAGAAAAUAAAAGUGCAUCGCAAUACAACUGAAUUUUGGCUGAAUUAUUAUUAGACGCGUUUUAGAGAAGAAAGAAAUAUCAAUUAAAUCAAUAUGUUAUGGAAAACGAAAUGUGAAAUAGACAGAUGCCUGAAAAAAGUCACAGAAGGAGUUGAUACAUUCGAAGACAUUUGGCAAAAGGUGCAUAAUGCUACGAAUAGUAACCAGAAGGAAAAAUAUGAAGCGGAUCUUAAAAAGGAAAUCAAAAAGCUGCAACGGCUGCGCGAUCAGAUUAAAUCAUGGAUCGCCAGUGCAGAGAUCAAAGACAAAAGUUCCCUGCUUGAAAAUCGGAGGCUAAUCGAAACGCAAAUGGAACGUUUCAAAGUGGUGGAACGAGAAACGAAGACGAAAGCCUACUCAAAAGAAGGUUUAGGCGCUGCACAAAAACUGGAUCCUGCUCAACGUGUAAAAGAUGAGGUGCGACAGUGGUUAACAACAUCGAUUAGUGCUCUUCAGAUACAAAUUGAGUUGUACGAGAGUGAGAUGGAAUCUCUUGUGGUGGGCAAGAAGAAGCGGCUCGACAAAGACAAACAAGACCGAAUGGAUGAGCUGAAGAGUAAAUUUGAACGACACAAAUUUCACAUAGCGAAACUGGAAACCCUGCUGCGUAUGCUCGAUAAUGACGGUGUCGAAGUGGAACAGGUGCGGCGUAUCAAAGACGAUGUGGAGUAUUAUAUUGAAUCAUCGCAGGAGCCAGACUUUGAGGAGAACCUCUUCAUGUACGAUGAUAUUAUUGGCUUGGACGAGGUGGAAUUGUCCGGCACUGGCAUACCAUCGACGACUGAUAGCAAUAACAGCAACGAUACGGGCGAUUCACCGAGCAGCCUGAUUUCGGGCUCAAGUCCGGUGGCGUCGCCAACAAUGAAUAGCAGUUUUAAUCACAUCAGCGAAUCGACCUCAGUGGAGUUCAGCGAAAAGAAGAACAAAAGCGAGAACCCAAUUGGCAGCAAAGUAACACCCGUGAAACCGAUGGCCGUGCGCGCCAAUAAAUCGGAUCUAAAUUCCACCAUAAAUAGUACAGUGUCCGCUCCGAGCAAAACUGUGUGUUCAACGCCUAAUAAGAAUCAAUCGCAUAAUGCCUCACCUGCUACCGCCAAUUCAGCGCAACUGAACGUGUCCGGAGUGUCAACGGUGGCGUCGACGGCUUCAAUCACUAGCGUAGCAUCGUCGAUUAUUUCGAGCAGUGGCGGCAUCUCCUCACUUCAAAAUCAAUCAUCUUCGGCGCGUGAUGAAAACUAUUCUCAUGCAAAACCCAUUUCAACACGCGAUCAACAACCUUUACAAAACAGCAUAAUUCCGACAACUGCCCCUGUUGCGUUUGCUGCCGUUGCAAAACACAGUACAUCACAGCAUACAGCGAACGAAGGACAACUCUAUUCAGCAUUUGCAUCGACAGCUAUUUCAACUGCAACCAGUCAUUCGAAUCAGACUGCCUCGCAUCAAGCAUCGACUGUGAUAAAUCCAUCACAACAACAGCAAUCGAGUGCCGAAAACGGAGCUGUUCGACAAAGUAACAUUCAGAACAACAACAACAACAAUAACAACAACAACAACAUCAACAUCAACACAAGCAGUAGCAAUAACGUAGUUACAUCGCAACACCAAACACAGGGACUACUGGCAUCAGUAACGAGUGGUAGUAAUGUCUCUAGUGCACUUGACAGUCAUGCGAUCUUCACUUCCAUUACAAACAAUAACCUAACUACAACGUCAACAACCAUAAACAAUUCGAUUACGAAUUCAGUGUCUCCGACCAAUUCCAUUAUAUCGUCAGCGUUGGGAAAUCUUAAACAACCGCAGAUUGUGCCGAAUUCGUUAGCCAACACCGAUUCGAUGUCAACGCUCAAGACGAUUGCCCAAGAAGCAAUUAACCGUGCAACUGGUCUCGAUAACAAUUCGAUACUCUCAUCAUCGAAUUUACAAACAACAACCACAUCAUUAGCGUCAACACUUACGGAUAACCGUGUGCCGUUAUUUUCAAACGAUACAACUAUGCAAACGAAUGGACCACACAGUGGGUCAAAUCAUAAUAACAAUGCGAUCAAUGCGAAUAGUUUGCUGAAAACAAAUGUCAUCGGAACUGGUACAAAUGAAGCGCAUAUACCACCGCUGCUAGGAGUUGCACCGCUUGGCCCCUGCCCGCUGAAAAAGGAACACCAACUUCAGUUCCAAAUGAUGGAAGCUGCUGAAUAUCAUCUGCCGCAACCGAUGGAUUCGGAACGCCUGAGAACUUAUCUGCAAAGACAGCCAGUUCAAACACCAGCAAGCUAUCCUCAGAAUCAAUUACCACAUUCGGAUACUUUUGAAUUUUUCCAACGUCUUUCUACGGAAACUCUAUUUUUUAUAUUUUACUACAUGGAAGGAACGAAGGCGCAAUUUUUGGCGGCAAAAGCGUUGAAAAAACAAAGCUGGAGAUUCCAUACAAAGUACAUGAUGUGGUUCCAACGACAUGAAGAACCUAAAAUCAUCAAUGAAGAAUUUGAGCAGGGCACUUACAUUUACUUCGAUUACGAGAAAUGGGGCCAACGCAAAAAGGAAGGUUUUACGUUUGAAUAUAAGUACUUAGAAGACAAGGACCUGAAUUGAUCUACGAUAGUAAAAGUUACAAUUACGGCCGAGCGCUACGAAGAUCAUCUUUCGUAAGCUAUUUGGUAUGCAAGAGCAAAAGAAAACUAAAAACAAAAACGAAAUCCACUACAAUAACAACAAGAAAAAAAAACACACACCGAUACAUAAAAAAAAGCAACAUCCAACCGACCAGAGAGCAGUUGUAAAACCAAGGAGAACAAAAACUAAAAUGUAGGUCGAUGCACGUCUCACAGUGAAAUAUGUCAAUUUCCUUUGGAAUUCUGUACCAAAAUAUCAAACAGAAAUUAUCGAAAAGUAAAACAAAAAAGAUCAAAUUGAGAAAAAAACAGUAACGAUACCAAAAAAAAGAAGAACGAAGAACGAAAACAAUGUGGUAAAAAAGCGGACAAAUUUCAUAAGUGUUUCAGUUGACUGUAUGCACUAAUUCUAAUGCUUAAGAAUGAAAAAAAAGAAGAAUUUGUUGGUCUGUUUGGUUGUUAUUUUCUCAUUUUUGCACGAAACUGUAAAUUAUACUAUUUCAUCGAUUUAAUUCUCUACGUCCAAAUCAAAUAGCUUAUAAACACAAUUUUUUUUUUCUUAAAGGAAAACAUAAAUAAAUAAUUGAAAAAAAAAUAAAAAAAAACAAAAAUCGUA